AUGAAGAUGUUGACAAGACUACAAGUUCUUAUGUUAGCUUUGUUUUCGAAGGGAUUCUUGCUCUCUUUGGGAGAUCACAACUUUAUGAGGAGGGAAAUUAAAAUAGAAGGAGACCUUGUCCUGGGGGGCUUAUUUCCUAUUAACGAAAAAGGCACUGGAACUGAAGAGUGUGGGCGGAUCAACGAAGACCGAGGUAUACAACGCCUGGAGGCCAUGCUGUUUGCCAUUGACGAGAUCAACAAGGACAAUUACUUGCUCCCAGGAGUGAAGCUUGGAGUUCACAUUUUGGACACAUGCUCAAGGGAUACCUAUGCGCUAGAGCAGUCACUGGAGUUUGUCAGGGCAUCUCUGACUAAAGUGGAUGAAGCUGAAUACAUGUGUCCCGAUGGAUCAUAUGCUAUUCAAGAAAACAUCCCAUUGCUCAUUGCAGGAGUCAUUGGUGGUUCAUACAGCAGUGUUUCCAUACAGGUGGCAAACCUGCUGAGGCUCUUCCAGAUCCCUCAGAUAAGCUACGCCUCCACCAGCGCCAAGCUCAGCGACAAGUCGCGCUAUGAUUACUUUGCCAGGACCGUGCCCCCUGACUUCUACCAGGCCAAAGCUAUGGCCGAGAUCUUGCGCUUCUUCAACUGGACCUAUGUGUCCACUGUUGCCUCUGAGGGUGACUAUGGGGAGACAGGGAUUGAGGCCUUCGAGCAGGAAGCACGGCUGCGCAACAUCUGCAUCGCCACUGCUGAAAAGGUGGGCCGCUCCAACAUCCGCAAGUCCUAUGACAGCGUGAUCCGUGAGCUCCUGCAGAAACCGAAUGCCCGGGUUGUGGUCCUGUUCAUGCGCAGUGAUGACUCACGAGAGCUGAUCGCUGCAGCCAGUCGCGUGAAUGCCUCCUUCACCUGGGUGGCCAGCGAUGGCUGGGGUGCACAGGAGAGCAUCGUCAAGGGCAGUGAGCACGUCGCCUAUGGCGCCAUCACCCUAGAGCUGGCAUCCCAUCCUGUUCGCCAGUUUGAUCGCUACUUCCAGAGCCUCAACCCCUACAACAAUCAUCGUAACCCCUGGUUCCGAGACUUCUGGGAGCAGAAGUUCCAGUGUAGCCUCCAGAACAAGAAAAACCACCGACGGGUUUGUGACAAGCACCUGGCCAUUGACAGCAGCAACUAUGAGCAAGAAUCCAAGAUCAUGUUUGUGGUGAAUGCAGUUUAUGCCAUGGCGCAUGCGCUGCACAAAAUGCAGCGCACCCUCUGUCCCAACACCACCAAACUCUGUGACGCAAUGAAGAUCCUGGAUGGAAAGAAAUUGUACAAGGAUUAUUUGCUGAAAAUCAACUUCACAGCUCCAUUCAACCCGAAUAAAGGAGCAGACAGCAUUGUGAAGUUUGACACUUUUGGAGACGGGAUGGGAAGAUACAACGUGUUCAACUUUCAGCAUAUAGGUGGAAAAUAUUCCUACUUAAAGGUUGGCCACUGGGCAGAAACCUUAUAUCUAGAUGUGGACUCUAUCCACUGGUCCCGGAACUCAGUCCCCACUUCCCAGUGCAGUGAUCCCUGUGCCCCCAAUGAAAUGAAAAACAUGCAGCCAGGGGAUGUUUGCUGCUGGAUCUGCAUCCCUUGUGAGCCCUAUGAAUACCUGAUUGAUGAGUUCACCUGCAUGGAUUGUGGCCCUGGCCAGUGGCCCACUGCAGACUUAUCUGGAUGCUACAACCUUCCAGAGGAUUACAUCAAGUGGGAAGAUGCCUGGGCAAUAGGCCCAGUCACUAUUGCCUGCCUGGGUUUUAUGUGCACAAGCAUAGUUAUAACUGUUUUUAUCAAGCACAACAACACACCCUUGGUCAAAGCAUCAGGCCGAGAACUCUGCUACAUAUUGUUAUUCGGAGUUAGCCUGUCCUAUUGCAUGACAUUCUUCUUCAUUGCUAAACCAUCGCCUGUCAUCUGUGCAUUGCGCCGACUUGGGCUUGGGACCUCCUUUGCCAUCUGUUAUUCAGCUCUUCUGACCAAGACAAACUGCAUCGCUCGCAUCUUUGAUGGAGUCAAGAAUGGCGCUCAGAGGCCAAAAUUCAUCAGCCCCAGUUCUCAGGUUUUUAUCUGCCUGGGUUUGAUACUGGUGCAAAUUGUGAUGGUGUCUGUGUGGCUUAUCUUGGAGACUCCAGGUACUAGAAGAUACACCCUUCCAGAGAAGCGGGAAACAGUCAUCCUAAAAUGCAAUGUCAAAGAUUCCAGUAUGUUGAUCUCUCUGACCUAUGACGUGGUCCUGGUGAUCCUAUGCACUGUGUAUGCAUUCAAAACAAGGAAGUGUCCUGAAAACUUCAAUGAAGCCAAGUUCAUAGGCUUCACUAUGUACACUACCUGCAUCAUCUGGUUGGCAUUCCUCCCUAUAUUUUAUGUGACAUCAAGUGACUACAGAGUGCAGACGACAACAAUGUGCAUCUCCGUUAGCUUGAGUGGUUUCGUUGUCUUGGGCUGUUUGUUUGCCCCCAAGGUGCACAUUGUCCUGUUCCAACCCCAGAAGAAUGUGGUCACACAUAGACUUCACCUCAACAGGUUCAGCGUCAGUGGAACUGCAACAACCUAUUCUCAGUCCUCUGCAAGCACAUAUGUCCCGACAGUGUGCAACGGAAGGGAAGUCCUGGACUCCACCACCUCAUCUCUGUGA